CAAAAACUGGGUUUUCUGUGUAAAAGUAGCCGUUUCUUGUCUUGUUCACUCUCCGUACUCCUUCAUUGAAGCUUGCCAGCAGCAGCAACACCAGACUCUUUCGAAGUUGGAAACAAAACCAGAUACCUCACCACCAGCACCAGCACCCAAAAACCAUCAUGGCCACCAAAACCUUCAAGCUCAACACCGGAGCUACCAUUCCCGCGCUGGGACUUGGCACCUGGCAAGGCGAAUCCACCCUGGUAAAAGACGCCGUCGUCGCCGCCCUAAAAGCCGGAUACCGCCUCAUCGACACGGCUUACUGCUACGGCAACGAGGAGCAUGUCGGCGCCGGCUUGAAAGAGGCGUUUGACCAGGGUAUCGUCAAGCGUGAGGAUGUGUUUGUCGUGACCAAGCUAUGGGCGACGUACACGAGCCGUGCGCAGGAGGGGCUAGAAAAGAGUUUGAGGAAUUUGGGUUUGGAGUAUGUUGAUUUGUUUUUGGUGCAUUGGCCGCUUUUGAUGAAUCCUGAAGGCAACGAUGACAGAUUCCCCAAGCUUCCCAACGGCGAGCGUGACAUUCUCCGCGACUACAGCCACGUCCAGAUCUGGAAGAACAUGGAGAAGCUGGUAGGGUCCGGCAAGACCAAGGCUAUUGGUGUUUCCAACUAUAGCAAGCGCUACCUCGAAGAGCUCCUCCCCCACGCCAAGAUCGUUCCGGCCGUCAACCAAAUUGAGAACCACCCGCAACUGCCUCAGCAAGAAAUUGUCGACUUUUGCAAAGAGAAGGGCAUUCACAUCAUGGCGUACUCGCCCUUCGGCAGCACCGGUAGCCCCGUGACCAGUGCCGAGCCGGUGAUUAAGAUUGCUGAGAAGCAUGGGGUCAAGCCUACCACUGUGUUGUUGAGUUAUCACCUUUACCGUGGAAGCACCGUUCUGCCCAAGUCAACAAACCCGGAGCGUAUCGAGACUAACGCCAAGCUGAUCGAGUUGGAUGCUGAGGAUCAGAAGCUACUGAAUGAUUAUUCGGAGGGGUUGGUUAAGGAGGGUAAGGUGCAGCGCUAUGUGUAUCCGCCGUUUGGCGUGGAUUUUGGGUUCCCCGAUAAGUCGUAGAUUGUUCCAGGUACCGGUUGGUGAGGUAAUAUCUUAACUAGAGUGAAUAAACCUUUUAAGAAUAAC